AGACUCCCUGCUGAGCAGGGAGCCUGAUGUGGGAUCCUGAGACUCCAGGAUCAUGACCUGAGCUGAAGGCAGUCGCUUAACCAACUGAGCCAGCCAGGCGCCUAAGAACAUGGCUUUUCUUACACCUACGAGUAUGGAGUAAAUUUCAUACUUACCAUACAUAUUUAUAGCUCCCAAGAUGUAGGAGAAAUUACUUGCACAUGAAAAGACAGGUUUUUUUUUGCCAGAAAAAUUCAGCAUAAGUCUUUAAUUGUAUCCUUUCUGUAAGAGAAGUGGGAUAUUCUGGUUUGAUACAUGCCUCCAGAAAUUAAUGCCAGAUGAACUCAGGAUGCCUCAACAAUUUUGGUUUUCUUUUACUCUUUCUAACCCAAAAGAGUGUAGUGGAAAGGAAGAAACAGGUCAUUCUGACAUUUGGUAGAUGAAGGUGCCUUUCUCCUCUCUCCCCUUCCCCAGGGCUCCCUGAGCUGACUUAGGGCUGGGAGCAGGACUGGGGUGAAUACCAGUUUAAUUCCAGUUUUCUUGCAGCCUUAUCUUCUAGAUGCAAAAUCUCAUUCAAGUACCCAAACCUCAUAUUUCUUUUAAUCUUAUUUUGAGUCAGGAGAAAUUGAGCCUCGAGACUUCCUUUGUGACAGGCGGUCAGUAGACUUCAGACAAAUAAUAACGGUUGAUGGAAAUUUGAUCUCAGUGCACAAGUUUUCUGUAUAAGUGAGGAAAAGAAGCUUUAUAAGUUGUCCACAUUCCCAACUAUACUACAGGCUGAAACCAGAAGCCGAAGAUGGACUUAACAGCAUCAAGCCGAGCUCCCAGCCCCCAGUUCAGGCCGGAGAUGAUGAGAAGAACCAGAGGACGAUCACUGUCAACUCUGCGCAUAUGGGGAAGGCGUUCAAGGUUAUGAAUGAACUGCGGAGUAAACAGCUGUUGUGUGACGUGAUGAUUGUGGCGGAAGAUGUCGAGAUAGAAGCCCACCGUGUGGUCCUGGCAGCCUGCAGCCCCUACUUCUGUGCAAUGUUCACAGGUGACAUGUCUGAGAGUAAAGCCAAGAAGAUAGAAAUCAAGGAUGUGGAUGGGAGGACGCUGAAUAAGCUGAUUGACUACAUCUAUACGGCAGAAAUUGAGGUGACCGAAGAGAAUGUCCAGGUGCUGCUCCCAGCGGCCAGCUUGCUGCAGCUCAUGGACGUUCGGCAGAACUGCUGUGACUUCCUGCAAUCUCAGUUGCAUCCCACCAACUGCUUGGGCAUCCGAGCGUUUGCAGACGUGCACACCUGCACCGACCUUCUGCAGCAGGCCAACGCUUAUGCAGAGCAGCACUUUCCAGAGGUGAUGCUGGGGGAAGAAUUUCUUAGCCUAAGUCUGGACCAAGUGUGCAGCUUGAUAUCCAGUGACAAGCUGACCGUUUCUUCAGAGGAGAAGGGAGUUGUCUGGGCUCACAGCUCAGCCUGUGAGCAGAUAGUCUGUUUAUUGUAUUCGACUUUGAGACCACGGAGUUCACCCCCCACUGUGGACAGCUUCUGGGCCCCAGGGGCAGGCAGGGUAUUUGAAGCUGUGAUUUCAUGGAUCAAUUAUGAGAAAGAAACCCGUUUAGAGCACAUGGCAAAACUGAUGGAACAUGUCCGUCUUCCUCUCUUACCGAGGGAUUACCUGGUCCAGACGGUUGAAGAAGAAGCUUUGAUAAAGAAUAACAACACCUGUAAGGACUUCCUCAUCGAGGCCAUGAAAUACCAUCUGCUCCCUCUGGAUCAGAGGCUCUUGAUUAAGAACCCGAGGACCAAGCCCAGGACUCCAGUCAGCCUACCCAAGGUCAUGAUUGUGGUUGGUGGCCAGGCCCCCAAGGCGAUCCGCAGCGUGGAAUGCUAUGAUUUCGAAGAGGACCGGUGGGACCAGAUUGCCGAGCUUCCCUCCAGGAGAUGCAGAGCAGGUGUGGUGUUCAUGGCUGGUCACGUGUAUGCUGUGGGCGGGUUUAAUGGCUCACUGCGAGUGCGAACCGUGGAUGUAUAUGACGGUGUGAAGGACCAGUGGACAUCCAUCGCCAGCAUGCAGGAGCGCCGGAGCACUCUGGGCGCAGCCGUACUCAAUGACCUGCUCUACGCUGUGGGGGGCUUUGAUGGCAGUACUGGCCUAGCGUCCGUGGAAGCCUACAGCUACAAGACCAACGAGUGGUUCUUCGUGGCCCCGAUGAACACGCGGCGGAGCAGCGUGGGUGUGGGUGUCGUGGAGGGGAAGCUGUAUGCUGUCGGGGGUUAUGAUGGGGCUUCCCGCCAGUGCCUGAGCACCGUGGAGCAGUACAACCCGGCAACCAAUGAGUGGACGUACGUGGCAGACAUGAGCACCCGCCGCAGUGGUGCAGGAGUCGGGGUGCUCAGUGGCCAGCUAUAUGCCACGGGCGGGCACGACGGGCCCCUGGUGAGGAAGAGUGUUGAAGUUUACGAUCCCGGAACAAACACCUGGAAGCAGGUGGCAGACAUGAAUAUGUGCCGGCGAAACGCAGGAGUCUGUGCAGUGAAUGGGCUCCUGUAUGUGGUUGGAGGGGAUGAUGGAUCCUGCAACUUGGCUUCGGUGGAGUACUACAAUCCUGUCACCGACAAAUGGAUGCUGCUACCGACCAACAUGAGCACGGGGCGGAGCUACGCAGGUCAGUGUACUGCACCCCGACUGCACCUUCACCCCCACCCCACCUCUGCACAGGUGGAGGUGUCGCUGUGAUUCACAAGCCCUUGUGACCCCCACGCCCACGGCCAGGAGGUGGAGGAGGGGAGGGGUGCUGCCUGUGGCUCAGAACAUCAGCCCCCUGACUGCCACUCGCCGCCAGAGUCUGCAGAGGAGCGAGAAGUGUCCUCCUCCGACGUGGCCAAGUGGCGUCCGGCGUGGGGACUGGCGACCGCCCCCUGCCCCCCUGAGGUGUUCGGGCCUCCCCCCUGAGCAGUGGGUUCCUGAGAGCUCCAGGCAGCACCUGGGGGCUUUUUUGUGUGUUUCUACUGGAAUACCUGAGAACCUGGGUGUGUGUGUGUGUGUGUGUGUGUGUGUGUGUGUGUGUGUGUGUAGAACAUGGUGUUUCACUAAGUUGGGGGAUGUAUGACAAUCUACUGGAUUUCUUUACUACUGAUCCUUCUGUGCUAAAAAUCAAAUCACAGAAACCUCUCUUCUGGAUGUGCCCCAUGGGAACCCCGAGAUUACUAAAGCUGCUGUCUUCUGGAGGUCUGUUUGGACAGGCCAGGAGUGUCCAGAAAUGACUGGUGACUGGUGGGGUCGUUGCUUUGACCAUGCCUACAGACUGGCUCUGACCCCUGGCACGGUCUGCAGAAGAGCUGGGCAUUCUUAAAUCCGCACUGUGUCUUCUGUGUGCUAGAACUGGGAACAGAUGGGGCCCCCAGCCCCUCCACUGGGUGCUCUUCCUUGGGCUCUCCUCCAGGAAGCAGAUGAGAACUGCCUAGUCCUUGGGCCACUGGUCUUUUAGGUUGUGGAUUCCAGGUUUGGGAGAUUUUGUGUCUCUUUUGUUGGGAAAACUAGCUCUUUGGAGAAGCCCCAAGUAUCACACUGGAAAAAAAAAUACAUAUACGUACAUGAAAAACAAAAACAAAACAACAAACCAAAGUGGUAAGGCAGUUGCUGCCUAAAAUGGUCUCAGAGAGGAUCCUACUUCUGGGUUUUCCUGGGAUGGGACACUCCCCAUCUAUACUUACUAUCCAGGCUUAAUUCUUCACAGCAUCCCAUUUUACUCUCAGAAGUAUUCUGGUUUGGAGGAUAAAUAAAAGGUCACCAUACCUCCAAACCCAAAGAUAGUUUGGCCCCUGCCUUGGGGGUCAUAUGUGAUCUAGAUGGACAUGGAUGACUUCAAAGGAGUAUACCAGCUGGGGCUGGCCCUCAGCACCAGAUGGCGAUGGUCAAGUCUGUCUGAGGGCCUCGUCUUCCUUUUCUUGUGCUUUCCCCCUGUUCCAGGGUCUGUACCCUCUCUCCAACCCUAAGAAUACUCCUUUCCUCCUUGUUUUUCCUGAGAGGGAGGAGAUGGUGGUAAAUGCCCUGGAUGUGUGAUCUCUCUCAGGGAUACUUGCAUUUUAAAAGAGAAGCUUGGUGAGAGCUUUGCAAAUUCACAGGUAAAAAUUAAUGACAGAACUUUAAGCAUUUGGAGGCGGGGGUGGGUAUUUGAGGGCACAUGGAAUCAUUUUCAUUAAAAAAAAAAAAAAGAAAGAAAAAAGAAACGUGAAACCAUUCCUCAACUUGCAAGUCACUUAUGUUGGAAUUUGUGGCAUAAGGAGGGAAGGUCUUGUGUCUGAAGAGUAUGCUCACAUCAUGGGGGCUGGGCUUUAAUGCUCCCUGAUUUGGGGGUCCACUUACAGGAGUCAAGGGGCUUUAUGAAACCUGAUGUGGGACUUCUGAUCUAACUGGGCUCCUUCCAAGCAGAUACUGCAGGAGACUGGCAUCCCCCCCAGCUCACCCCUGCAGCUAGAAAGCCGGUAGCCUCCCUAGCUAGUUGGCCGCUUUGUGUAUUUACUGUGUAUUUUUUUGUGCACUAAACACUCAACUCUCUUGAAGAAGAAACGUCUUCUGAUGUUGAGGAUGUUGAGCAAAUGUUAUCUCAGUGAGACAUUUGGAGGGUAGCCCCAAGGCAUCCGGAAUUCUUAGUGGCUUCGGGAAGAGGCUGAUAUAUCCAGCUUUGUUGGGCCUGGAGGCGAAGUCUCCAACGGAUUCAAGGCAUGCCUUCGUUUGGGUGCUGUGUUCUCACCUGGCCCUGGAGAUGGCCGUGGUCUCAGAGCUCUGCCUUGGCUUGGAGGCUGAUGGGAUGAGCUUUCUGUUGCAAAUGUUCUUCCUCCCGGCCUGAGGAGAGUUUGGGACUUUAUUUUGGUUUCUGAUGGGGAUGAGGCUGGGGGGUGGGGUCCCAUGUGUGCUGUUCACACAGCUCCUAAUUUCAGACUAAAGGUGAACUUCCCACCCUCUUUCCCAACACCUAGGAGCUGGGCUUUGAUGCAUAUGUGGGGGAGGUUCUUGUUUUUUAUCUGCCCAGAGCGGGUCCCUUCCCUGAGAGCUCGCCAGCCAUGUUUUCUGCUCUUGGUUGCACCUCAUGUCUCCCUUCCCGGGAAGCACCCCCCCCCCACCUCCCACCCCCUGUAGUACUGCUGAGGCCAGGUUCAUCUCCUCCUCACCCGUCCUUUCUCAUGGGGCCUCCAACACUGGUACAUCACCACCAAAAAGCUGUUCGGCCUCUAGCUGCCCACAGAGGCCAUUUAAAACCUGCUGUCUCUCUAUCACUAGGUACGAUUCUCUCUCCACAGUGAACACAGCUGACUUGAUUUCAAGUCUGUGCUGGUCACAUUGGUAGGCAAACCCCCUGCCCCCCCUUCCCAUUUGGGUGGCCGUAGCUGCUUGUGAAUGCAGCUUUGCAGGUGGUGUAUCUGAAAGCUGAUCACAGUGAUGAAAUGGAAUUGUGGCCCAAGGUUAGAAGCCGCUUAGAUGCCGCUUGGAUACUGAUUUGGACAACACAGAAGUCAGACUCUGAAUUCCAAAGUUCCUUCUCCUAAGUACCUAAUGGCAUCUCUCCUUCUGAAAAGUUGCAGUAUUAUGCAAAUGAAACUGACCUCAUUUUCUGCUAUGCAAUAAGAAUACUCAAUUCUGUUUCACGACAGACCAGUUGCAAUAUCCCCUGACAUGCUUUUUGAGCUGUGUUACUUUGAUAUCUGUUGUGUAAUGUUUGGAUAUUCCUGAGCCAGAGCCUUUCAAAGAUUGCCUUUUUAUAAAACUGAAGCUAUAGCGUUCAGGCUAAACUUUUAAUGUAGAUAUUUUUAUAAGAUAAUUUUUUAGGAUAUUUGAAUUGAUUUUUAUUAUCCAUGAUAAUGAAAUGUUCUGUUCCGUAAGUCAUUCACUCUCCUAGUUCAUGCCUGUAGCUAUUUUCCCUUUGCUUGUCACCCUCCAAAAACUGAUUUUUCAGUAGUUCCAGAUAGAUGAGUCUUUUUGACUUUGAGUCCUCUUUCUUAUACCAUAUUCAAAGGAGAUUGCUGGAAAACACAAUCCCUGGUGUUUCUGGAAUUGCUUCGGGACUAACGUUUAGCCUGACUCAGCAAUUACCCAACUAUAUUGCCUGGCCAUUUUUUUUUAGAGCCCGCUCUUUGCAGGGGGGAGGCUGGUUGGCCCAUCUGCUGGUGGCUCUCACUGCCUGGUGCUGAGCCUGGCACGCUGUGGCGUGGAGAAGCUCCACAGAAAGGCCUGCCCUACAGUGCAUACUCCUAGGAGUUUCCUAGGUCCGGCAAACCAGUCCUCAUUCUUUUCUGCCCCUUGUUCUUCGGAAGCUUCCACCAGCUAAAGGCCUUUGCUGCUGGAUGAUGUCCCUUUUGGAAGCAUCUUCUCUAUGGACUUUAAAACAGGGGUCAGUCCUCAUGAUCGUUAAGAAUGUGUUAAGCAUGUGCUUUACAGAUGCUCACACUACCCCUAAAACUUGUUUCUUGAGCUGUGUCUACACUCCAGGCUCUAUUUUAUGUAUUUAUCUGCCAUUAGCCUCAUUAAAACAGUUUUUUAUUUUUAUUAUUAUUGGGACAGGUGCCAUUUGAAUUGCCUCCAUGCUCCCCAUUUGCACCUUGUUGGAUCAGGUUGGGAGGUUUAGCAAACUCAUAUUCCAGUUAGCUGGAGUAUUUAAGGCUUUGUUUGCCUGGAGAAGUAAGGAGGUUGGAAUUUUUUUUUUUUUAAGUGUUUGCACUAUUUAGAGUCCUAAGCCCCUCAUGUUUGGCCGUACUCUGUGUGUGCAGUGUGAUCGAGGAGGUGAGCCAGCAGCACUUUCGACAUUUGGGAAUGGAAGAGGCUUCUAUAGUGGAUAAUCACCACCUCUUAGCCCUUGCACAGCCUUUGUCGUGGGGCUGAGUGACUCGUGGGUAUGACAGCAGCCAAGGCAGGAAUGCAUGUGACUGUGGCAUUUGGAGAAACAAAUUGCCCUAGUACUACGUUCUUGCCUUUGGCUAUGAGAUUGAAAAUUAUUUCCCCCCAUUUUUCAGUGGCAAUAAAGGACCCGGUUGGACUUUUUGUCUAAUUUGUAUAUGAUGUAUAAAAUAUGUUGAAAGAAGACUUAAGAUGCUGAAUGUGUAUGUCUGUGUGGGUGCUCUGUCCAUGUGGUUGUCCACAGGCAACCUGACUUGAUCGCUGAUACCUUGUGAACACACUGCAUCGGUAAGGUCCUUGAUCUCCUAUUCUCUGCUUGGAUGUUAGAGCCCAUCUAUCUUGUAAAAGAACACUUGUCGUAGGUUCCAUCAGUUACAGCGAUAGCCGAAGAAACCGUUCCUCAAGUGGAUUAUUUCAACAGGAAUCAAGUUCUAGUUUCCCAUACUUUGUUAAUUUUAAUAAAAGCUGAACUGUGAAAACC